AUUCCUCCGCCAAAUUACUGAACUUUUAUCAACAACAGGUACAUCAAUGCGACGAAAAUUAUAUUUAUGAGUAUGAUAAGAAUAAUUAAAAACUCUCUAUGGUAUUAGACAUCUUGUAUCAACAGCAAAUGAAUAAAAAUCCUUAGUUACUAUUUUAUAUACGGAAGUUACAUUUUACAUAGUGAGGUGUUCCACGGCACUUCCUGUUUGUAUGCAGUUUAUAACUUUAUAGAACUUCAGCAAUUUUCAGUUCAUUGUGCAAUAAUUUCAUAACAACACCAUUGAGGUAAUUUACGCUUAGCUAGGUAACAUAAAUCGCAUUUAGAAAGGAGAAUGGCGACAGCAUGUGAAAGUCACAGUGAAACUAAAUCAGACGUUGUGAUAAACGUUUCUAAGCAAUGCAGUUUGACGUUGAAACAAUAUGAUGAGCAGAAGAGGUGUUGGCCAAAGAUUGGGAGACACAUUUUGGCGACAUUUGAUGAAAAAACCAUUAUUGUAUACCAAGCUUUCAAACCGGCCAUAGCAAAAUAUGCCGUUGAAAACCAAAGAUUUGGAGGACCUGAUUUUCAACUUGACAGAAUGUCCUGGAUCAAAACCAGUUUCCUGUGGAUGAUGUACAGAUGCGGCUGGGCAACUAAGCAUAACCAAGAGAGAGUCUUAGCUGUUAGGAUUACUAGAGAUGGAUUUGAGGAAAUUUUAGCCAAUGCUUACACAGUUGAGUUUCAGAAGGCAAGACAAAUUCAGACAAAAGAUAUAAGAGUGCGGCUCCAAUGGGACCCUGAUCACGGUCCUAGUUACAGUAAUCAGCAGAGGAAAGCCAUCCAGCUAGGACUGAAAGGAGAGAUACUACAGAAAUACAGCAGUGAUUGGAUUGUCAACAUUACUGACAUCACUGAUUUGGUGAAAAGUAUGAAAUCAGAUUUUGAUGCUGGUGGUGCAGAAAAGCUCUGGACUCCAAAAGAAAUCAUCUAUAAUGUUAGUGACAAUGCAAUACGAGAAAGAAUUAAUCUGUCCAGUGUGUCGGACUGUGAAGAAGAUCAGUGUUCUGAAACUCAACUUCCCAAUGCAUCAACUUCUGAAACAAAGCCUGAAUCAAGUUCAUGAUGAGGAGUAUGGGGAUUUAUAUUUUACACCCAUCGAUGACAAAUCAUAUCAUUGUAUACUUUCCUGAAUGUCAAGUAUGACUUGUUUCAAUGUCAAUAUAAAUCAAAAUACCACUCAUUUUCUAGUUCUAGUCAAACGGACAAGGAAAAUGAAAUCAUUAAUGAACUUUAUCUAAUUCUGAAGAUUGUCAUUGUUGAAUACAUAAUUAACUUUUAUUACAUUUUUUUUCCAAUGAGAUAUUGGAUUUUAUAUGUUUGUUUUAAAUGAUGUCUUGAACAAUGUGACAGUUUCAAAAGUUGUGACUGUCGCAGUGUGAACAUUUCACAUUUCAUUAUUAUAAUAAUUGUUAUUGACCAAUCAGGUCAAAUGCAGGUGAAGCGAUGGUAGCAUAAUUAAGUAAAUGUGGUAAAUCAUUGCUACAACAUGACUGUAUUAGGUGAACCAAACAAUUGAUAACAUCUGUUGAAGCAAAUAUUAUUUUAGAUAAUAGCAGAUAAAAACAGAUAAUGGUGGAAUUGAAUCACAUAUAUUCAAAUAGUGCAUAUCCUUGUUGUCAAGCAUUACCUCAAUAAAUAUGGCACUGAAGAUUAUUUCAAUAAUAUAUUAAUUCACCCACUUUCUGAUGCAGUAAUAUUUUUGGCAUUGUAUGUGUACUUUAAAAAUGUAAUAAAUUAGUUUUCCCCAUUAAAUAUCAAAUAAAUGUCACACAUAUGGCAGAAUAUGGUAUACCAUACUUGUGAAAUAAUUAGUUGGCAAAAGUGGUUGUUGGCCAGCUGAUUGUACAGAAUAUUUACUAUAGCAAUAACGAAUCGCAAGAUUUGUUCAAACCAAUAUAGCAGCUGUGAUAAUUCAAAGUUCUAUUUAAUUUAUAUUUUUUUUUAGAUAUAAGUGAAAAAUAUGUUUUGUACAUUUUGUACGGGUAGCAU